AUGAGUGUUUGUUUGACAGCUACCAAGAGUAUCGCUUUAGUCUCUGCUGGGUUGAAUUCCGGGCUUUGUUUCGGCGGUGUUUUGUCACCAGAACCAACAGAUGUUACCGCUAAGAGAACUACAAAUAAUUUUGAUUUAAACAGAGAAAUCGCCAUCGGUGUGCUAAGUUCUUUAUCCACUGGGUUCUAUGCAGCAAGUUACUUUGGCGCCCCAACUCAGUGGAAACAUCCUUAUUUAUUAUACACCGGUGCUCUAGCGCUGAUUUCAACAGGUAUUACCGCAUUCAAGCUAAUCCGCCGUAUGGUUUGGCCAAUUGUUUAUAAGAGGAUACGCUGCCACUCAAAAGAGAGUCACGUGGACGAAAAAUCUUCCGCACACAUUAACCAGGAUAUUACUGACAGUGUUCAGGAACAAGAUAAUGACGAAUCUGACCAUGGUCAAGAUGAUUCUGUGGUCCUUGUGUCCGAAUCAAGUAACCAUAGCAUAGACAGCGGAGCCAACGAUGCUCCUUCUACUUUACCUCUGCUUCCAACACAUACCGAGAACAAGUCAUCGAGAUUAUCUACCACAGAUCAGUGUGGUUGGUCGUCUUUAUUAUCAGCGUUCACAUCAGACGCGGUAUUAGACACUGUUCGUACCAUCUCCUCAGUGGGGCUCUUGCUCUUGGGGACCGUAGGUGGUCUUGGAGAACCACUCGCUCUAAUUUGA